GAUAUUACUAGAAUACCACUGCAUGUAAACUGUUGGUAAGCUUAGUUUCAGUAGGAAGAAAACAGUACUCCUGGUCAGUGAAUCAUACAACCAAAGCCUUAAAUUGCCAUGGAAAGAUGCCACACAUUAAAACAUUUAAUUUGAAGCUAGUGAUUGAAUUGAAGCUGUUAUUAUACACAGUGGGACCUCACAUUAUCCUACUGUUGGAGUUGUUGUUUAUGAAAGAAUCUAACUAAUUUGGGUAUUAAACUCACUCAAACAAAUAACACUAACCAUACCAUGUAAUUUACCCUGAGAUAAUCAUGGGUAUUAUCUCAGGACAGUGAUUGGAAACACUUAUAAAGCCAAGUGUUUCCAAGUAAAAUGGCAACACAGGCGACACAUCUGAGCAGCCAAGAUGGACCGGAUUAUCCUCCUGUGCAUGGUCUCCUCCAGUAUUUCAGCCGCACACACUCAGAAUUUUUUGUUCAGCCCAAAAUGGCGACCUGUUGGCUAUAAAGAGCGUGAUGAGGAUGCUGUUAGGACAACGAUGGAUGAAAUCAUUAAAGCAAAUGAGUUCCAAGCUUCUCGUAUCAUUGAUGGCUCCACCAGCCUGAGAGAGGGAGACAUUGCUGUCUCUGCUGGAAGACGCUCCAAAGUCUGCUUUGCACGGAGCUGCCUCUGGUCAAAGUCAGUGGACGGACAUGUCUACAUUCCGUACAAGCUGUCACCUGACUACACUGAAAUUGAUACAAAGCAGAUAAAGAAAGGGAUGGAGAACAUAGAGAAAGGAACUUGUGUGCGAUUUGUGCCUCGGACUCACCAGCGAGACUACAUCGACAUCCAGCAAAAGUCUGGGUGCUGGUCCUACCUUGGUUCCCGUGGUGGAAGACAGACCGUGUCCCUCCAGAGCCCCGACUGUGUCCAAGUUGGAGUGGUUUCCCAUGAGUUCAUGCAUGCCCUGGGCUUUGUGCACGAGCAGUCUCGCUUCGACCGGGACAACUAUGUCACCAUCAUGUGGCCAAACAUUUGGAGGGAUCGUUUAAGGAAUUUUGAGAAAUUCAGGACGGACAAUCUGGACCUGCCAUAUGACUAUGGCUCAAUCAUGCACUUUGGGAUGUAUGCCUACUCUCAGGAUGGGGAGCCAACCAUCAUUCCUAAGAAAAGCAAAGACACAAAGCUGGGCCAAGCAACGACUCUCAGCCACAUUGACAGGCUGAAAAUCAACAAGCUUUACGAAUGCAGUUGGUGACAUGGAUGAAAAUUAACCAGACUGGAGUGGAGGGGAGGCUAAUAUAAGACGUUGCUGUUAUAUCUGAAAGACAUUUUAAAUAAACAUUUCUGUGAUCAUUUCCUCUGUGUGCAUGCAAAUGUGUGAGUUUAAACACGAUUUUAAACAGGUUGAGACAGUAAAAGUGGUGUGAGAGACUGACAUUCAUCAUAACUUAGUUUGAACUUGUCUUCCAUGUGCCACUAUAUGCUAUAUAGAGUUUCAAGUAUUUCAUAAAUGAGUCUGACAUAACAUGAAUGUAAAUAAAAUGGGUUUCUAUACUUAGCAGACCAAGACUAAAGAGGGCUACUUACCUGGAUUGAUGAGUAACUAGUUUUGUGA